UGUACAGUCCACACCAAUUCCUGCGAUAUAUGAUUACGUUCGCGCCUCGGACUCCGUUAGACGCAGUACCGUUCCUUUUGGUGGUCCUCUGGGUCCCUUGGGUGGUGUGGGAUCCAAGAAACUCAAGGAUUGUCCGCCCGGCACUUCGAUCACCAGCUCCAGCGGUGCCACUGAUCAAAACGUUGGCCAAACCACCGAAAUUUCCGACUCUUCUGAUGAGGUCGUCGGUGGCACUUACCAAGGUAGCAGCGGUGGAACAUACGGAAAGAAAGGCUCGAGGAUCUCGCCGUUCCUGUUUAAAAAUAAGAUGUUGGGCAUGGUACCAAUUAUCUAG